CCCUCCGCGGCGGCGGCGGCUCCUCCUCCUCCCGCCUCUUCCCCCGCCGCGCCGGCGGCUUCCCAGGCUCCUCUCCGGGUAAACAGCGAUGGCCGCCGAGGAAGGAGGCGGCGAGCCCCAGAACAACAUGGGGAACCACCUCCAGCUGGUGCCCGCAGAGAGCGAGGAAGAGGAUGACAAUGAAAUGGAUGUUGAAGAUCAAGAUAGUAAAGAAGCUGAAAAGCCAAACAUCAUUAAUUUUGAUACCAGUUUGCCAACAUCACAUGUGUAUUUAGGUUCUGAUAUGGAAGAGUUUCAUGGAAGAACGGUGCAUGAUGAUGACAGCUGUCAGGUGAUUCCAGUGUUGCCCCACGUGAUGGUGAUGUUGAUUCCUGGACAGACGUUACCACUUCAGCUUUUUCACCCUCAAGAGGUUAGCAUGGUGCGGAAUUUAAUUCAGAAAGACAGAACGUUUGCUGUUCUUGCAUACAGUAACGUACGUGAAAGGGAAGCACAUUUUGGAACAACAGCAGAAAUAUAUGCCUACAGAGAAGAGCAGGAAUAUGGAAUUGAAACAGUCAAAGUGAAAGCAAUAGGAAGACAGAGGUUCAAGGUGCUUGAAAUAAGAACACAGUCAGAUGGAAUCCAGCAGGCUAAAGUACAAAUCCUCCCUGAGCGAGUGCUGCCUUCAACAAUGUCAGCAGUACAGCUGCAGUCUCUCAGCCGAUGCCAUAUAUUUCCUUCCUCCAAACCUACAGCAUGGCAGGACCAAGCUAUACAUCAGUGGUGGCAGAAGUAUCAAAAGAGGAAGUUCCACUGUGCAAGUUUGACAUCUUGGCCUCCCUGGCUCUACUCACUAUAUGAUGCUGAAACCUUGAUGGAAAGAGUCAAGAGGCAGCUACAUGAAUGGGAUGAAAAUCUUAAAGAUGAAUCUCUUCCAACAAACCCAAUAGAUUUUUCUUACAGAGUUGCUGCUUGCCUGCCAAUUGAUGAUGCAUUACGCAUACAGUUGCUUAAAAUAGGCAGUGCUGUCCAGCGACUCCGGUGUGAAUUAGAUAUUAUGAACAAAUGUACAUCUCUCUGUUGUAAGCAAUGCCAAGAUACAGAAAUAACUACCAAGAAUGAAAUAUUCAGUUUAUCCUUAUGUGGGCCCAUGGCAGCGUAUGUGAAUCCUCAUGGGUACAUCCAUGAAACCCUUACUGUAUAUAAAGCCUGCAACUUGAAUCUCAGUGGACGACCAUCAACAGAGCACAGCUGGUUUCCUGGGUAUGCCUGGACUAUAGCCCAGUGCAGAAUCUGUGGGAACCACAUGGGAUGGAAGUUCACAGCUACCAAAAAGGAUAUGUCACCUCAGAAAUUCUGGGGACUGACACGAUCUGCUCUCCUGCCACGGAUUCCAGAAACAGAGGACGACUCGGGCCAGGAUAGAUCACCGCUGCUCUGCCUGUAGCCUGGUAACCUGCUUUGGAGAUGAACAGGCCGUGGUCUGUCUCCUAAACGCGUCUGCUCGAUUCCGCUUCCGAUGCUUACUUAAACUUUAAAAAAAAAAAAAAAAAAAAAAAAAAUAAACCCCAAGAACCCACACCCACACGCAAAACCCAACCGAACAAGCAGGCUCGCUACCUUUGGGCUUGGUGUGCACCCGCCUUGCUGUUGUUUCAGGCACACGGAGAACUGAAGGCCGAAUCUUUAAAAUGACGGCUGAGGAGAGGAGGUGGCGUGAGACACCGAGGACUCGACCUGAUCCAUCCGGACAGACUUGAGACUGAACUUUCUCCUUCCUUGCAUAACUUCAGAAAAUGUUUACUGCUAUCAACUUGCAGUGAAAGAAGGUGGGGGGAAACGAAAAUGACAAAUAAACAGAGUAUAAUUUAUGCAAUAUACGUAUGAUGGUAGAGACCAGCCACUUGCUGCAGAGUAUUUUCCAUAAUAUACUUAAAAGGUUUUUUGCUGAGAAUCCCUGUUUCUAACUAUGUGGAAAACUUCGAAUUGGAUGCUCGUGCUGUUUCUUAGAUAUUUGCUAAAUAACCGGUGAAGAGAGGACAAGACUAAGGUAUCUCCUCUGGCUGACACUGUGUUGGUAAUGUCAGCGGCAGCGCUGUAACUGACAAAAUUAAGUGUUCCCGCUGCCUGUGGGUAGGACAGAUGCAUUGCAGGAUGCCCUUUGAAGGAACCCAUGGGAAGUACUUGGUCCUUACAAGUUAUCUGAUCUAUUUGACUUUAGAAGUGUUAAAAUUGAAACUAUUUGUACAAAACAUACAGGUCAGUCCCAGAACAUAAACUACAUUGUCAUUUACUGUUAAAUGUGCUUACGUUUAUUUUUCAGAAUUGCUUCUGUGAAGAUCAGUUUACCAGCAUACACGUCCAGGGUUCUGUGAAGUACUCUCUAAAAUACAUAACUAUGGUGAUUUUUCAGUAGUAUUUAUUUUGACAAGGGGGGAGGCAAUGUCUCUUUUUUUUUUUUUUUCCUUGUACACUUUCUUAUUAUAAUGUGAAAUUUCCCAUUAGCCUCCUUACCUUACAAAGAGCAAAAGUUUCUAAAUAAAACAGAACCAAAAAGCAGCACGCUUUUUUUUUUUUGUUUUCUUUUUUUUUGUCUGAAGUGCUGUCUGUACUACAGAAAUUGAGUGCCAAUCUGGGGCAGCUUUUGCCACUGAUUUAUUGUGGUGGUUUUUGUUUGGUUUUUCUGUUUUUUGUUUUGGUUUUGUUUUUUUUUUUUUUUUUUCCCCUCAGAAUGCACUUUGGUGAUGGAAACUGACAAUUCCCUCAGUGUGCUCGUGUACCUACACACUUGUUUUUUUUUGUUUUGAAGCUGGAUCAUUCGCUCUUUAUUUCUUCACAGUAAAUCUUUGAGAACUUGUGUUGUCAAAUAUAACGAGACAAAGCUGCUUAAGGUGUAAGACAUCAGCUGCUGCCCGCUGGCUCUCAGUCCAGGGCCCGGGCAGGCGACUCCGCGACAGCCCAGGUCAGAGCUCUCCAAGACCAGCAGCCGGUUGGAACGGUGCCACAGUACCCGCUGCACCCCAAUGGGAGAAAAUGCUGAAAGGCUGGUUAGGGUAGCUUAUCACGCUAGGUGUGUAGAAACUAAUUAUUGUGUAACUCAGGUUUAGUUCUUCGAAGCCUUCUACCUCGGUGCUUCUGUUAUAAGUUCUCUCUGUAGGCAUCCCGAACGCCGCACUUAAUUUUGUGCGCAGUGCCCUGGCUUGCCAGUGAACUGUGAAAAGCAAUACUUCUUUGAGUAUAAUUCCGAGCGAACAGAGGGUGAACGAUGGCUCAUUUCCUUCAAGAACACAUUCUGUCUUUUGAUCAUGUUGCCAUAAUAAGCUUUCGAAAGGCUGAAAUGCUGAACGCUGGUGUGGGGGUGAGACUGUGAAACCCCUGUACUUGGCUUUCCCCUCCCGCCCUGCGGGUGCACUCACAGACAUGCCCACGACCCACACGCGCGUGCACACGCACACGGCUUAGCUGUAGGCUUGGUUUAAUUUUUCCCUCAAAGGUACCUGGUAUCUCUUGUUCCCGUAACCCUCAGCAGGGCUUGGUGGUGGCAAGAAGUUUGAGGGUGCUCUGAAGUGCCUUCUGCUGCCGUUCCGCUCAAGUAUUCACCGAGGGUAGUGGUGAGUGAGGUUUUGAAAAUGUUUGUUUUCUCAGCUGUCACUGAGCUUCAUGAAGUCUUUUGAGUUUUUGGCCGUGUCGUUUGGCUUGCCUCGGCUAAAAAGGGCAUUAUGUUGGCAAUGUUGGGAUACGAAAUAGGCCUUUUUUUGGCAUUGUGUAUAUAUAGUCAAAUGUAAGCUAGUAUAAUCGAGUGAGAUAAGUCAGGAGUAAAUUUAGCACUAAUUUAAUUUUACUGUUGAUGAUGCUGUUCUGUCUGCCUUCCAUCUAACCUUCUGUGUAAUGCUUGCCAUUUCCAAGUCGGUGACAUUUUCCAGGUUGAGAACAAGGGUUCUUCAGGUGGCCACGAAGAGGCUGAAUCCUGCCGUGGUGACGCCGGCCAUUACAGUGCUACGCGUGUAAGAGUGCUCAGGGUGCCCAGCAUGUGGCUUGCAGGGCGGGUGGGGAGUCCUGGAUGGUUCUACACAUUGGUUAACGUUUUCUGUGCGUCUUUUCUCCUUUUUGGAGAGGAAAACUACUGGCUUGGGGUUGUGGAAAACUAUUACAAACCUGGACAUCGUAAGCUUUUGAGAGCUAAAUCGCAUUUUACGAUAAUUUCUUGCGUUUGCUACAUUCCUUGGUUGGCAUGUAGCUUCUUCAUGCAUUAAUGAAGCAGAGUGACUUGCUGGUCACUUCAUUUUAAGGCUGCUGCCUAAAGGGGUUGUUUUUCUCUCCCUCUCCCACCAUAAUCUCUGUCCUUCUGAGGUGGGAAUGUGUCCCGGCUGCGCAGCCGCGGCCGCGCCGGGUCUGGGGGAGGGAGGAGGGACGGACGGGCGUCCGGUGGGGACAGGGGAGGGCCUGUCCUGCUCGGCAGCAGGCCCGGGCCGGAUUGGGGCACAUGUAGCAUAGAACUGCUCAUUUUCAAGCUGUCGUUGCAAUGGUAUAAAGCCGUCACACAAUCGGAGCCUGUAAUACUGCAAGCUUUCGUGUAUUUUAGUUUCGUUUUGCUGACUAGGUAGAAUCGCGUAGGACACUUGCACAUCGGGUCUAAAACUUGUUCAAAUACUCUACCGUUUUUGGUUUUUUAAUAAUGCUCGUUUUGUAUGUGUUGCAAUUCAUUUCGUUCCUUUCGUUGUUUUUUCACCUUGUUUAAUUGCUUUGUAAAAGCUGCGGAAAGGGUAGCACGUUCUCCGCUCUAACUCUUCCUCUGUCUGCCUUUUGAGACACCUUUUCAGAAAAAUCUUGUGGCUUGCAAACAUUUGCAAAGAAUAAAAUUCAGUUUGUUUCAAAA